AGUCAAAGCAGGAUGUGUUUUCUUCCAUCCCCUGCGCUUAAUGUUUCCUCAAGUUAGAAAAGAUUUGGUCUAAUACGCCUUUUUCAACUUUGAUCAGAACUAUGCGCAGGGAGCCUGCAGUUUGCAUCUAAACAGCUAAAUCGCAGACUCAUGAAAAAGGUACACCUCUGAGGUAUUUUGCCUGGAAGUCGAGGAAAGCAAAAUAAAUUGAUCCUAUGAGAGGACUACCGCCACAAAACUAUGAAGGGUAGACGUUGUAAAACAAGGAAAGGAGAAUCUAAAAUCAAAUCUGCAGAAAGUGACAUUAAAUACACUGAGUCACCUGUUGCUGCAGAGGAAUCAAAUGUUGCACCAGGCAGUGACGUGGUCAGUCUGUGCCAAACCGACUUGAACUUCCUACCAACUACACCAACAAGAGACACUGAACGGGUACAGGAUGCCAACCUGACCUCCACACCAGUUCACAGCUCGUCCACUGACCUCCUAUCCUACAGUUCAAAUUCCCCUCAGAAAGCAAAGGAGGUGCACAUAAAAUACGCUGAACUUGUCACUCCGCCAAAGACGUCAGAGACAGAGUCACUAUGCUGUGACUUGAAGUAUCAAAACAGAAGCAAGAGGGUUCGUUCAAUAAAGCCAAGGCAGGUUAGACAAAGAGCUGCAAAAGAGCAAACGCGAGCCAACUGUACUACACCCAAGCGUCAGUGUGGCAGGAAGUGGGCGACUGAGACCAGAAAAAGAAGAAAAGGUGAAACCACAACUCCAUUACCCAGGCCAAGAUUAAAACUGGAGAAUCUCGCUCCUUCAGAGCAAGAAGAGGACUCUAUGCUGUCUUCAGAUCUGUCAAUAGAGCUGAGUCACUGUGAGGAACAGCUGCCCUCUUUGCCCAUCCAAGAUGAUGAGAAAAGCGAUGAGGAAGAUGAGGAGGACCUCCCAAGUUUCUUGACACAGAUGGGUAAAAAGCCUCCUGCCAUCACAGAUGGAGCAUUUGUGUGGUGCAAAUAUAGAAAUUAUCCUUUUUGGCCUGCAUGGGUAAAAAGUGUGAACCGCAAGCAUAAAAAAGUGAGCAUCAUGUUUGUUGAUGACCUGAGCUUUCAACAAAAGAAGGGGUUGACUGUUGCUCUGAAACCACUGAAGCCUUUUGACUGUGAAGAAGCGGAUGAGUUGAUCAAAAAAGCCAAAGAAAUGUAUGAUGCAGCCAUUUCCUGGGCAUUAGCACUUAUAGAUGAUUACAGAAUCCGGAUUGCUUGUACCUCGUUUUCUGGCUCCUUCAUUGAGUAUUUGAAUCAUGACAUGAGCUACCCAGUGAGGAGGAAGUAUCCGCAAGCAGCCUCGGAGGGACUUGGCAUCGCUAAUGAUAGCAUGAUGGAGGAGUUAUGUGACGACAACAAGGAGGAUGGGGAGGAACAGAAAGAUGCCUCUAAGAGCUCAAAAAGGUUGCUUCCAGACCGGACUCAUGCGGCCCACAACCGUGCAAAUGAGAAGCUUGUGCACUUCAUUGUCAAGCAGCGCAUGGUGGAGCAGCACCUUUUGGACAUUAUCCAUGGGCAGCAGCAGUCUAGAUGGCUUCACUCCUUUUUGAAUGACAAACGCAAACAGGAGGUGAACAUAUACCUGGAAGAUGAACACCAGUUGGACAAAGUCUACUGGUACUUAAAUGAGCUCUAUGCCACGGCUAUGGCCGAGCCCUCUUGCAUUGCAAAGGUGAAAUCAGUGGAGCAUGUCUCCUAUGUCCUACAUGUGCUUCUACCUGAGGCCAUAAUCUAUGCCAUUGCUGGAGUGGACAAUGUUUCAGUGGACAAAGCAGAAGAAAAGUACCUUAAAGGGCGUUGCAUAAGUAACAGAGAACGGCAGGAGUUUGAUUUGAUGAUUGAGCGGCACAUGAGAAAGAAAGCAGAAUACAGAACAGAGUUUUUCUGUGGCCCUUACACUUAAACGAAUAUUGACUAGAUUACACCUUUUUGUCUGUUUUUUGUUUGCUGUUAAUGCAACCAUACACAUGUGCCUUGCAUUUGGUGAUGAAGUACAUUAUGUUGAACAUGUGUAAAUCAUCUUUGAUUUGCUUUAUUUUUAAAUAUCAUGAAUAUAUUAACUGGAUGUUUUUAUAAAAGCCUCGGAAUCCAAAAUGUUUUGUGAGUUUACAAAUGCCAUUUUAAACACUGAACAUUGGUUUAACAUUGAAUGUUGAACAGUGUGAUUCAAAGAUUGCAAAGCAUUCAAUCAAAUGUUAAUCAUGAAUUUCUUGCAUUAGCUUAUAUGCAAAAAUCUGCUUUGAUGUAAAUCCGCAUAUGAGGGAUGGGUAGAUGCCACAUAAAAUCCCUUUCAGCAGAACUUGUCAUGACGGCAGCCUAUGUACAGUAGGAACACUAAUGCAGGGUUUCCCGUUGCAUGUCCCUCAUUCAUCUCUCCACCAAGCUUCACAAAGUCUGCCCAAGUAUUGCUUGUUAUUGUGCUGAGGAACAACUAUUAUUACCCUACACUCCUGAGUGUAUUUCCAAUUGUCUGCCAGUGCAUACAGUGUAUGUAAAAAGAUGAUGUAAAUUAAAGUAUACUUUAUA